AUGAACAACAAUAAAAGGUCCUAUGUGUCCACUGUUCCGAAGGCGAAUCCUCUCAGGGUUGGUUUUAUUGGACUCUCAGCCUACAAAGGAUGGGCCAUAAAGUCGCAUUAUCCGGCAAUCUUGCAGUUGCCGUCACAAUUCCAAGUAACAGCAUUGCUCAACUUAGAUAUAGAAACGUCUCUGGCCACAAUAAAAAAACUGAAGCUUACCAAGGCCACAGCGUUCAGUGACGUAUCUUCGUUCGCGUCCUAUGAUAACGUUGAUAUGGUGGUGAUAUCUGUGAACGUCCCAGAGCUCUUCACCAUUGUCAUGGAGCUUCUUGAAAACUCCAAAGCCAAUCCAAACCUCAAGUACAUAUACAGCGAGUGGAGCUUGGGGAAGAAUCUCAAGGAAGCCGAAGCCAUCCACAAAGCUGCAAAAGAGCGUGGGGUCCAGACCAUCAUUUCGUUGCAGGGGCGCAAGUCUCCUUACGUCGUUAGAGCAAAAGAGCUGGUAAGCGAGGGUUGCAUCGGUGAUAUCAACAGCAUCGAAAUCGCUGCAAAUGGUGGGUGGUACGGCUACGAGCGCCCAAUCAAGUCUCCCAAAUAUCUUUACGAUGCCGCAAGCGGCGUGAGCCUGCUAUCUAUUGCUUUCGGCCACACAAUAGACAUUCUGCAAUACAUCACCGCUUCCUACUUCUCCGAAAUUAAUGCUAUGAUAUUUAACAAUAUACCGUACCAGGUCCUUCUCGAUGAACAUGGUAAGAAAACAGGCGAAAAAGCUGAAAAGACCGCUCCGGAUCAUCUUCUAUUUCAGGGUUCCCUCAGCCAUGGCAACGUGCCCGUGUCCUGUAGCUUCAAAGGAGGUACCCCAGUGAAGAAGUUCAGCAAGAAUCUAGUGAUUGACAUCCACGGAACCAAAGGCGACCUCAAGCUCGAGGGCGAUGCUGGGUUUGCUGAGAUGUCUAAUUUGGUUUUGUAUUUCUGUGGCCUGAAAAAGGAAGGAUCAAUGAACGUCUCAACUGGUUCGUCGGGCGCGGAGACUAUGGAGGUAUACCAUCUCCGGAACUACAACUCAGUCGUGGGGAACAUUCUACGCAUUUAUGAGGCUAUUGCUGAUUUCCAUUUUAGAACCAAUCCGCGCACGAAGCUACCACCUAAGCUGGAAAGACAAGGCUUUCUCUUUGAAGGGUUUCCAACUUUUAAAGACGCUCUGAUCGUACAUCAACUCAUCCAGAGAGUGAUAGAAAGCAGCCAACAAAAAACCACAUUACCUACGUCUUUUGAGGCAGUUUAA